AGCAGACCGUGAUGCUUCACGGGGAUGGUGUUGUUCCGCCAUGUUGUGAGAGAUCCACUUACUCUCGAGACGAAGGGAGAGGGAGAGAAAAAACGGAACAUUUUAACUGGGUUUCUAUGUUUUUGUUGCCCCCCUUUCAUCUCGUCUCUCGGACAAGUGAAGUGAAGUGAAUCCAGAUUAAUGCAACUCUGACUUACUAGAACCGCUGCACCAUGGCCUGCAACGCGCAAGAAGAUGAAUUUGACCAACUUGAUAAACCUGGUGCUGAGAGAUCUCGGAGAAGACGUGCGACCAAUGAAGAGUGGGACAGGGAUGGCUACAUGUUGGAAAGUGAGGACUUGAAAUCUGUUGUGAACUCUAGCUGUGGGUUUCAGCAAUAUGCAGGUGAACUGGUGACUUGGGGUUGUUUACAGAUGAAGCUGGUUGGUUCUCCUGCAUGCCUAACAACAAUAAGACGAUUAGUUGUCAGGUGGCUGAACACUGUGGGCUGUGAACAAAGCAGAGAAGCUAUUGGAAACGAUGGCAGGAAAGGUGAUGUGUCACAGCUGCAGCAUGUGGAGGAGCUUACCAGUUUGAUCCAGGCCAAGCAUAUGUUUGAAGUUGGCUCUGAAAUCGAGCUGAUCUACAGAUGUUGUGAUGCACCACCAGUGACUUCCAAACACUUCACAAUAGUACACAGCUUGAAUAUUGAUGAAAACAACUGGGCACUCUUCAAGAUCGAAAGUGAUGGCUUUGGGGGUGUUCUUGACUUUUAUUUUCCUUUCAGUUACCAAGAUGUGUCUAUUGACAUGAAUGCCUCAGCAUCUUUUGUGGGUACAUCUUUAGAAUUGUCCAAGAGUGUCGGUGAUAAAUCAAGUGAAGAGGUAAUGCAUUAUGCAGACCAUGAUAUAGAUGAUGAAAAUGCCACUCUUGAAGUUGCAGAAGAUGCACAAGAAGAAAUGGAGGGCUACGUACAUGUCGAAUACGCUGAUGAGGAAGAAGGUGUGGAGUAUGAAGAUGAUACACAGCUUGGAGACGACCAAAUCGAUUAUCCAGCAGAACAGGGGGAAGAAAUGUACAAUGAUGAAGUGUUAGACCUUGAAAUCAAUGACCCUCUAGAUGAUGAAUUUCAAGGUACGCUUUUUCUUCACAAUCAGGAUGAAGACUACACCCAGUUUUAUGCCACAGACCAGGAUAUGCCAGAAGACCUGCAAACUCAGGACAAUGAAGUCUAUGAGGAAGCAAGAGCUGCAGAUACACAGGAGCAAGUUGUUGAAGUUGCGCAAGAACCUGAAGAGGUGGUGAAACAAAUACAGGAAAUAGAAGAAAGAAAGGAAGUCUCUGAUGAUGAAGACGAAGAUGAUGAAGAGUCUGGAAGAAUGCGUUUCAAAACUGAACGGAAAGAAGGAACUGUUAUUCGGUUAACAGAUGCAGCUAGAAAGAGGCGAAACAUUCCAGACACAUUGGAACUUUCUGAUGAGGCUAAAGCAGCAUUGCGUGAGUUUGAGGAGACUGAACGCCAACGAAAACAGGGAAAAAGAGGUCGAAGGGGAGGGCCUUCAGCUAAUUUCCCUUUUUGUGAUCCAAGGAGAGAGAGUGGUAGGAGGAGAGAUCAACGGCCACCCUUGAUGCAAGUGCCUCCAUCAUUGCAGAGUCCUCGUACUACAAUGAAUUCUUCAGAGCAGCAAUCUGGCAGAGGCACUUUACAACAGCGACGGCAGCCACCGCCUCUUCUGGUACCCCAACGACAUCCUUCCACAUCUGAAAUGCCCAGUGGCCCUCCACAGCAACCAGAACAGCUGGAACAGCAGAACUCAGAAACUGCUUCUGUUGGUGUGAAUUCAACAGUAAUUCCAACACAACAACCAAAGAACAUUCAUAUAAAUCCUCAUUUCCGAGGUCCAGUGGUUACACCUGUGCAAGUGCCCUUGAUGCCUACGCCAAACCAGCCGAGGCCUGCUGUGGGCCCCCAGAGAUUCCUAAGCCCUCCAGAAUUUCAACCACCUAUUCCAGUCCCUGCUAAUUUUAAUCAGCCACCCAGACUUCCUCUUCAGGAACCAUGGAGAGGACCACACCCUCAAGAGAGAGAACCUUUCUUCAUUGGUGAGCCAAGGUUCCAAGGGCAACAUGUGUUUGAACAAGGAAGUCCUCCACCCCCACUUAUGAAUAACCAUGCUAUGUCUUUGCAACCUCCCAUGGUGUACAGCCAUCCAGGCUCAGGUUUCAACCAACAGGGACAGCAUCACAUGUUUCCGCGGGAGGCUCCAAUAAGAACGAGUCUUCAACCACAGGGUCAUAUGGGAAUGUCUCCCUUUAACCAACCUGGUCCAUUGAAUCCCAGACCAUUUAUUCCUCCAAGACAGCAAUUUCCGCAAGGUCCUGGACAACCAUUUCCACCCUCACCCCAUAUUCAACAAAAUCUGCAGCCACCCUUGCAGCUUCAACCACUGCCCCAACACCAGCAUAACUGUUCCCCUCAACCAAUCAUUCCUAAUGCACCGCACCAGUUUAGGCCGCACUUGCAGAUUCUUCCGACAUCUGUAAAUGACAAACGACUGCAGCGUCCGCAGCGGCAAAAUAUUAUGAAGCCUCGGCAUAAUAUACCUGGAAUUCAAAACAUGAAUAAGCUACCAAAUCAAUUUCAGACAUCUGUUCAACGCAAUAGCAAUCUUCGUGAAUUGCCUAUUGCGCCUCAUAACAGUAGUGUAAGACAUCAUCGCCCUUUGUCAGCUCCUGCUGCUCAAACUGCAUCAGUUUCUGGGACUAAACCCACAGCCUCAGUUGUAACCUCUUCACGUGUGAAACAGACUGCUCAAAGUGCACCUUCUCUUCAAGGUUCCCCAGGGGUGAGGGUGCCGCAGAAGAACUUGCAGCAAAAAAUCAAGAAACAAAAGCCCAUGUCACAGGAUUCUACAGUAAUAGAGCCUACAGAUGAAGAUGAGGAAACACGAGUAUAUCGUUUGAAAAUUGAAGAGCAGAAAAAACUCAGAGAAGAAAUUCUGAAACAGAAGGAACUCCGACGUCAGCAGCAAGCCGGUGCCCGAAAGAAAGAAUUGCUUGAACGUCUUGCACAACAACAGCAGCAGCAGCCGCCUGCUGCACAACAACUAUCACAACUAGUAAAUACCUCACAAGCUCCCCAGAACAUUAACGUGUCCACACUACAAGCUGUAAGCCUAGUACAGCCAAACAUAAAAAACAGACUAUUCACAAAGAAACAAGUCACAGGAACACAACAGCAAUUUAUUAAAACUCAUCAAACAGGGAAUGUUAUACAGGUUCAAGCAGAAAUGAAAAAGAACAUCAACCAAAUCAAACAGGUCAGACCUGCACCUUUAAAUCAAUUUCAGUUUCCAAAAGUUGUUCAGUCUAAACCUGUUAACUUACCAGGAUCUAGCAUGCAAUGUGGAAAGGUGAUUGUCCCUUCAGUCAAGACUCCAGAAUUGAAACCUGGUGUGAAACGGACUGUAAUGCAAAGGAUGAACAGUGGAGGAGGGGAUGGGCCUCACAUUAAUCCCAAAAUAAGAGUCCUCAAGCUUCCAACUAUGCAGGGGAGCGAGAACACAGGCUUUUCUCAUCCUGAGGUCCAGUCUCAACAGCGGCAACACCAGCAGCAUCUUCAGAAACAGCAGCCUGUUCGAAAGGUCACAUUGACAAAAGGAGCGCAACAGCCACAGCAGCGUCCACAGCAGCAGCGGCAACAAUCUGUACCACAAUUAUUAGGAAUGACAAAGAAUUCAGCCAAUCAGCAGAACAGGGUCAUUAUGCAGGGGCGCGGCACAGCAUUACCAGGCCAGAUGGGCCGAGGACGCAUGAUGCAACAUAAACAGAAUCUGCGAGUGGUGGAAUGCAGACCUCAACCAUGUGUGGUGUCAAUUGAAGGGCUUUCUUCUUCAACUACUGAUUUCCAGUUGAAAAACCUGCUGAUGUCAGUUGGACCUAUUCAGGACUUCAAGAUGAUGCGAGAGCAACGAAAGGCCAUUGCAAAAUUCAGGGAGCCUGCACAUGCUUCAGCGUUUCAGCAGAAAUUCCACAGGCACAUGAUAGAUCUGUCUCAUAUCAAUGUGGCACUGAUCAUGGAUGAAUGAUUAUUCUUGGAAUGAAAACAAAGCCUCGCUCUCAUGCAGAAGUUCAGAUCAAGUCAAAUGAAGAAACAAAAUGGCUGAGCUAGCAUACAGUGAUCAAUUUCUAACCAGUGUGUAUGCUAUUAAAUUGGUGAAACCAAAGGAGUUGGCCCAGGUCCAGUGUGGGAUGAAGGAUGUGAUGCUUCUGAAGAAGACUGUGUUUGUACUCUUGUUUCCACAUGUUUAUUGUUUGUUGUCACCAAAUGGAACAAAGUCUUUUGCAAAACACCUCUGUGGAUUCAAAAUACCACAAAAAAAUGACUUAACUGUGAACAGUGACUGAAGUAGGCACUGUAGAAGUAGAAUGGCUGCUUAUCAAGCGUAAUAGAGAACUUUUAAUGGUGAAUAACAUUAGAUAAUGGUUGCUGCAGAAUUCUUUCCUUGCAGGUUUAUAGUUAAGUGUUUAAUGUGUACCCCUUUAAACAAUUUUGUACCUAUAGUCUGACUAGCUUCAAAAUAGCCCAUCAUUUUGCCCUACUAAAGUAAGAAUUAGCUGAAAGGAACUCAGAUUUGCAUUGGGAAGUGCAUGUUAAUGACGGUUUCAAGUAUAAGUUAGUCCGUUGUUUUAAAUCUCUUAGAAGAUGCUUAACUACAAGACUAGAAAGCAACUUGAAGAUAGUGUUUUGGUGAAGGUGCUUGCCUGUUUAUUGUAGGUUGGAGUAUGAAAAAAAAUGAAAGUAAUACUUUCUGUUGGGUCAGUAAGAUGCGCAUUAUUAAUUUCACUGAAAAGCAUCAUUUGAAGGCAAAAUUACUUGCAUAUUCAGACUACAAAAACACGUUCAGAUUCCUUUUGUUCAGCAACCAAUGGAACAUCAAAUUAUUUAAAGAGUGAAAUAUAAAGAAUCUCAACCAGUUUCCAGGCCAAAUGAUCUUUAAGUGUUAACCUUUAUGUUAAAUAUCCCAAAUACCUGAUGAUCAUCUGGAAUACAGCUAUUUAUGUCAUUGAAAUAGUAAGCAAAAGUGUGAAUUAGUUUGGAGCUACAGAUUGAAGAUAGUCAGAUUCAGCCAUUAUGUGAAUACUGCCAGAGCAGUAACAGAAUGAAAAUCCUAUUACUUUGUCACAUGUUAAUAUGUAGCUGGUUUGUUCCACACUAUAGAACAUGAGACUGAACAAAGAACUCCUUCUGUGCUUUCUGCAGGUGUUUUGAAUGUUUCGUUCAUGGUUGUAACAUAAGGUAUUCAUCGCUAUGAUACUGUACAUUUCUCAGUGUGAAACGUUUUGAAUUAAACUGGGCUAAGUUCUAACAGGCAUGGCGAAACAUUAAACUCCAGAAUCGCGUUUUCAUUCGCCUGUCUGUUGGUUGGUGACUUUUUUAACUAUAAAACUUGCUGAAUUUCAGCCAUCCAUACAAACAAAUGUUUCACUGCCAGAGGCAGUGACUGCUGACUUGCUCAGUUUCACGUCUUGGACUUGCUGGUGGAAUUGUUCAAACACCAGACUGCCAAAGCAGAUGGACCUCUGCUUCUUGCCGAUGACAAUGAAAACUGAAAGACCUUCAGAAGUGCAGUUGUUUUGCAAGGCAUCUUUUGGCUAGGGAUCUUGUGCAGUGGGGACAGGAGAAGAGAAAACGAUUUUAGGUUUUUUAACAAGUAUGUGCUACAUAGCAAAGUCUAUGUCUGUCUCUAUUUCGGAGCACAUUUUAUGGUGUAAUUUUGUACAAAAAGGGAUACUCGUCUUCCCCUUGAAAGAUUGAGAGUUAAUAAUUUGAAUUGUUGUCUUGCUAGUAAUAUCACCUGCAUCUCAAAUGUCCUGAAGGAUAUUGUGGGAUUAAGUCAGUUUUUGUUGACCUCAUUAGCCUUUAGUAUUUAGCUCAAGUACAGCUGUGAAAACUGUCAUGGAGGAUUUGAUAGUCAAAGAGACUGAAAUACGACUUAUGUAGAAAGAUACAUGGAUGUUUGUAAGAUUGUAACACAUCCUUUGAAAGAGUUUGCCCUGUGUUGCCCCAUUUAAUAAAACAGUCUAAUAAUUAUUGAAGCAUAAUGUGCUUCAGAUUUGUUGAAACUUUCCCAGCUUUUUCAGAUGUCGCAGCUCAUUGAGGAUUUGUAAUUGCUUUCAUAAAAUCUAUUCAUAAAUAGAUCUGCACAUUCUGUUAAUGCUCAUUUAUGGCUGUGAAAUGCAGUUUCUUGCACUGUACGCAAAGGAGGAUUAGCACUGAUGAUCCACAAAGGAGAAUAUACAGAGUAGGAAAUUUCUGACAAUGACAGGCAGAAGUUGCAAGACUAGGAGUAAAUUGAGUUUAUGUGCAAGUUUCUUUUUCAUAUUGGAUGCUGAAUCCAGAGUGGGCACAAGGAUUGAAAGUAUCAUGCAGAUUUUCAUUUUAGUUUUAUCAGGCUUGCCACAGACACUCAUUUGAAGUAGAAUUUUGCCUGGGCAUAAUGGAGCUUUCUGUGCUAAUUCUCACAAGAUGAGGAACAGUUUGAUUGUAUCAUGGUCACAUUUAGGUAGAUUGAAAUGCAUUACAAAUGGUAAGGGUUAUUGGCCAUUAUUUUGUUUUCUCAUUUACUUGAGUUUGUGUGAUGUCGUGCACAUAAAAUUCAUGAGUCAGACAUUUUAGUUCUCUUUGUUGACAUUUGUCAUCUUCAAUUGAGAAACCUUAAUGGUUUACUACUCCUGCAUAUUCCCAGUAACACAAUUUGCAGCUCGUAUUUUAUAUAUAUUUAUAUAUACAUAUCUGUCUUCUAUUAUUGAAACAGCAGCUUGCAUUGCUGAAGUCUUUUGAGAGAGAAGUAUUUACCGGUUUAUAUUAUUAAGCUUUAAUGGCAGUGGCCAUGUUGACACAUGAGAGAUGAGGUGGGGUAGGACAUGUCACAUUAAAAAUGUGUUUGGUAAAACUUUAGCGUAUCGGGGAAGAUGUGCUGCAACCAUCAUCUGAGUUUUUCACUGCACAUUAGUGGGUUUCAUGUAAAAUGCAAAGAAACAUUUGUCUGGCAGCAUGUAAGUAGAGCAAAAUGCUUUCAAGUCAUCAGUGGUGUUCAUCUACUUUUUAGAAGUUGUGCAUUAGCUAAUAAAUUCUGAAGUUGCUUGUGUUUUUUUCCAUGUAUCUUAGUUCAAAGUUUGUUGGAUGCAAUGACUAUUGACCUGAAACAAGACAUCCUGUGUAUUAAUACAUUUUAUAAAGAUCACAGUUCUUCCAUAUGUACUUUCUCCUGUUUAUUUACAUGGGUCUUCUUACUCAGGGGUGACAUUUUGCAAAUUCCUCUGUGUGUAUGUGGAGCCAAAUUUUUUUCGUCCCUCAUGCAGUGAAGUCAUUGUGAGAGUAGUAGGAUGCACUGGGGUUUAAAAAAAAAAUCUGUAAUCUGUGUUACAGUUGAGCUUUAAUUAGAAUGUUCUGAAGAUUCUAAGCAUUUUUGUGUCCAUCAUUAUGUAGCUUCUAAAUUUGUUGUCCUAUACAUUGUAGGAAGUAAACUUGUACUAGUCAAUGAGGAUUGUUGAACCCACCUUGACAGUUUGAAGGGGCAUGCUUCUAAGUGGAUUGCAGUGUAAACAAUUAUCCUUUUUUAUGCCAUCUACAUACAGUAUUCUAAAAUUAGUUGUUGCCUUGAGGUGCUCGGAUAGCCUAUAUUUUUUGAAUGUGGAAGCAGGAAAUCAACGCAACAUGUCAAAUGACUUUUAUGGUGUGUUUUAGGGAAACAUUGAGUCAUGCUAGUUCUUUGACAGGACUGUGGUUUCAUGUUCUAAACCAUGUCAGCUGAGCUCUCAUGCCAGUUUUAAAAAGUAGAAUACAGUUCCUCCUCAGUUGAAGUAGCCAUGACUUGAUGGUUCAUAACGCAUCAUCUCAGCCAAUUUUCACUACAUCUGCUUACCACAGUUUAAAAUGUUUGGCACUUUGAGGACUGCAUUCUCUAUGCAAGAGUUUGUUGGAGAAAUUUUAAAAUGCUGUAUGUAAUUAAUAUGGUAAUAGCUCUUAGCAAAGCUUCCUCCAAUCUCCUGUUUCCCCCCAAAAAAGUGUCUGUUCCCAAAGUACUCUUUCUUUAACACUAGUUACAAAUAGUUGCAGGUGAACUGGCAGGAAAAGUUGUCUCCUUUAUUUACUCUUAGAUUAUUUGUUUUAAAACACAUUCAAUUUGUGUUUAAUAGACUUGUGACUGGACAUGUUUAGUUGUAAUUUUGGAGCAAUCAUAACUGAAAUCUUUAAAAGCCUGCAGUUAAAACACUAGCUUGUUUAUAACAGAAGAUUCUCACUAACCCUAGACACUACUUGUCAUGCUGCCCUCUCUAACCCCAUUACACUCAAGCCUGCACAUAACUUGAAAGUUGAGGGAAUAAGCUUGUUUGGCACUUAGAUUCAAAUAGAUGUAAAUAUUUUAAAGUGCUUUAUAGAUAAAAUGAAAUAUCCUGUAGAUAAGUGUCAGUUUCGUGGAAAUAUAAAUUAAUGAAGCUGGCACUGUCCUGAUUGAAGAGUUAAAAUGUAAAACUGUAAGGGAACAAGACUAGCCAUUUUCUCCCUUUUAGUUUAAAACCCUGUAAUGUCUUUUAGUCUUAAGCUGGUGCUUAACAUUAGAAUUAUGUGAUAUUUUAAGACCUGAGCUAUAUUCUGUUUAGUAUUGUAUUAUAUGGUGCUGCUUUUGCACUUGUGAUGUUCCUUUAGUGUAGCAUUGUUCAAGUUUGUCUCGCUUUAUUUUUGUGAUGUUGCUUUAUUUGCUUUUAAUUUGGCUUCACUUACUCACUUAACAGAUUUUACUUAUUUAUUUAUAUUGUGUUAUUUCCUGCACUUCUAGAAUAGAAAUUCUAUUAACCUUUUUAUAUGAGAGAAGGAUUAAGAAUUGAUUGAUCCAUGGCUCAAAGGUUUGACAUUUGUUGAGCUAUUAAACAGCCCAGUGUUCAACUUGUAUUUAACACGACACAGCAAGUCAAAUGUUUUUGAAUUCAUCAGCCCUCCUUUUAUACCUAUAACCUCAAUGCUACAGAAAUAACUGAUUUUUUUUCCACAAUCAUUUUUAUUUUUUCUAUAAUUUCAGUGCAAUAUUUAUAUGUGGCAUUUUUAAUUCCAUUUUUAUCUUUUUAUUCUUUAAAUAGCUGAGUUCAUAAUUGUUUUUGUGCAAAGCUGCUUCUUAUGAGAUAGGGUGCUCUUUCCUUAAAGAUGAAAAAAAUGCACAUUUACUUAAAAUCAGAGAUUGAUGAGACUGUGCACAUCUUUCAAUUUGUUUCACCUUUAAAUUGGUUACUGUUUCAUUAGAUAAUAUCCAGUGGGUAAUUAAAUAUUAAGCAUUGCUGCAGUUCUAUGUGGUUAAGAUCUCAAUCCAAAGGAUUUUGUGUAAGACCUACAUUUUAAUUGCCGACUAGGUUGGUGCUGAAAAUUGUGACCAUCAUAUUGCAAGUGUUUGUGAACAAACUGAUUCUCAUUGAAUCUUGGUGUAGCUUUUAUUAGAGCUCUGUAUAGAACACAGUUGGGAAGGAUCAGUGUGUUGUAACAUCAGCUUGUAUGCUGUUUUGUCUUUGUAUCUCUUGGCCCAGGCUUUCCACAAAAAAUACAUUGCCAAUAACAGCCUCUGUGUCUAAACUUAAUGAAAGCUGAAGUUUUCCUCCAUUGCGUAAUGGUGAUAAUUGACUGCUUGUAGGGCUAGUGUUACAUAGACAAACAAGAUUUUCAUUCGAAUUCUGAAUCCCAGACUGAAGAUUUUGCAUGUUAAAGUUUAAAAACUGUAUAUGUAAAUUGUAAUACUUUACACUGGAAGACUAUAGCUUUAAAACCUUCAACUUACUGUGGCAAGAUGCUGAAUUGAAAGUUCCUUUCCUAUAGGUCAGGAUAAUGCUUUUUUUAAAAAAAGAUUGUAUUUGGCACAUCUUUAGUUUUAAGUUAUGGUUAAAAUUAUAGUACUGUAUUACAGAAUGUAUUUGCUAUCUGGCAUUCUUGAGUAAAUUAUCAAUGUUAUCCAACUAGGGAAAAAAAACUUCAUUUUAAAAAUGUUUUAUCAGAGACUUUUUUUAAUCUGUCACUUUGUGCACAGAGUUGCAUCCUUUCUGCUGAGCAGAAUGUGACAUAUAUCGUACAUCAAUAUUUGAUUUCUUAGAUUCUUAGUUUGAUAGCUAGGCAGAUCAGUCAGAAAAUAAUAGGAUUGUCUGUUCCUUUUUAAUUGUAGUUUCACAAAAUAUUGCUGAUGGUCUUGGUUAAUGGUUUUCCAUAACAAUAGAUAGUCUACCAAUAUCGCAGUUGAUGGUUACAAUGGGUGAUGUAAGUUGUGUAGUUGUAAAGAUCUGUCCUUAUUUUGAUAUUGAUUGUGUUUUAUUAGUUGGUCACAAAGUAUGUGUUGCAUGAAAAUGAAGCUUAUCGAUCUAAAGUAACUGAUUUCAAAUAACUGCUGUUCCACCCAGCAACCCAAAUGACUAGAACAGUUACUUAAGUUACACAUUCCCUUCAUCCAUGUUUUCUUUCCUCCUCCUGAGCAUUUUAGGAAAUAUUGCUCGCUCAAAAACUGCUAUUUAAAGCCACAUGAUUUCCCUGGUAUCAUUUCUCCAAGCCUGGGCUGAGGGUUAGCAGGGAAAUGGAUAUUGUUUAUAUGAAUGUUUUAAGUGUGCAAUGUUGCUCACAAUUGUGUUCUUUUUGUAGGAAACAAGAAAUAUGAGCUGGUGUUGGAGGUGAAGUUUCUAACAUAUUAUCUCUUUCCCACCCCCCUUCCCUUCACAGAUGCAGCAUUCUGAGCAGAUUGUAUUUAUCUGGAUAAUAAUUUUUGCCUGAAAUAACUUUUUUUAUCCAUAGGGAGUUUAAUGUUUUUUAAAAAUUAUUAUUUCUUAACUACUAUGGAGAUCUAUUUGGUGCUUAGUGAUAUGGUAUGCUUAGCAUUUUCAAUUCUUCCUGCAAUGUAGUGUGCGUAUAUUUCAGAAAAUGCUUUCAUGCUUGUCUUCACACGUUGACAAAAACUGUAUUUGUUGUAUGUGUGUUUUCUGAUUUACAGUUUAGGCUUUCAUUUGACACUGACCUCUUCCAUUCUAUUUCGCUGUUAGGGAGGGAGUUUCACAGUUGCUCAUGUAACAGUGAGCACUUUUAAAUUUGUUUUUGCAGUCCAUUGUAAUUACUUUAACAUAAUGAGGUAGCUUCAUAUCUAGCUGCAUGUGACAUGAGUGACAUCACAUUCUAUGUUUAAUGGCUGAGGAAAGUUGCUAUGUUAGUCUAGAGGAUACUUUGAACUUUUAUGCUUGAAAAUUUGAAGAUAAUUCACGAAAUAAUAGCUGAAGAACAUGGGCACCAUCUAAGUAGCUCUAUUUUAAGUAGUUGUCGAGAAUCCACUGAGUGGUUUGUGAUUUGGUAAUACCUCAUUUUUCUGCGAUAUACUAACUAAUUUAAAAAUUGCAUUUUGUUACAGGAAAUUCAUGGAGGCUCUGACCUAUAGCCGUGCUUGUCAAAUGUAUAUUGAGAUUUUCCUGAUGUAUGUCACUAACUUGCUGUUUUUCUUACAGUUUAAGCGCACAGAAGGAAUAUAGAGGGAUUGCCUAUCACUUGAGUUGCCCACUGUUUUCGGUGGUAGAAACGAUUAGCAGUUUAGCAAUUCGACACAUGAAAACUGAGCACAGUUAACUUAAAAGGGUUGUUGUAUUCAAAGUUACAUCUAUCACUGAAGUUGAUCCUUCCUAACCUGAGUUUACAAUUGGGGUUUAAGUAGAUGUUCUUAGGAGAUAUAACACGUUAAACUUAGUAAUACUAUGACACUGUGACAUUACGUUGGAAUACUUGAUGUAAGAGUUUUUAAUUUCUGGUGAAUGGAUUUGGAGUUGUCCAAAUAUAGUACUGUACUACAUUUUAUAAAUGCUUAAAUAUUCUGUUCAAAUUUUCAAUUUUUUUGAUUUUUAAUCAUUUGUGGAGUCAAUCAGAUUUUUGUUUUUACUGUUUUGUCUGUUAAAAUAUUGACAUUUUAUAUUCAAAUGAAUUGUAUUUGUACUGCUGAACUGAAUAGAAUGAUUUGAUAAUAAAAACAUCUUAAAAUGAA